AUGUCUACUGCUAUCACAUUGGAAGAACUUGCCGAUGCACAGAAGCAAGAUCUCGAGCUUCAACAACUGCCGCAACAGACAAUCGCGUUGCAGCUUCGACGAAUCAAUUUCGACAACGGUUUAGCAUUGUACAGUGACAUCGCGUCAGAGUCGUGGUAUGACGCAUUACCAGCCGUUUUGCUCAGCUUACGCGCUGCUUGGAAAGACGACAUCCAGACGACCCCGGCUGAAUUAGUGUACGGUGAGCCGAUUCGUUUACCUGGUGAGUUACUCACUCCCAGUAACAAAACUACACCUCACGAUAUUGUCAAUACAUUGAAACGUCAUUUCAAUUCAUUGGCACCGGCCAAAAUGUCGCGUCACGGCAAGCAUUCUAUUUACUGUUUCAGGAACCUUAGUACUUGCAGCCACGUACUGGUACGGAAUGACCAGGUUGGACUAUCUUUCUCACCGCCGUAUGAAGGUCCAUAUCGUGUCAUAACCCGGCACGACAAAUACUUCAUCGUCGAUUUUCGUGGACGACAAAUCGCCAUUUCUGUGGACAGAUUAAAGCUCGUUUACGAGGCAAAUCCAGUCGACACGGCGACGAUGAUAACAAACUCCCAGCCGAUUAACACAGCAACCGAGACCCAAAAAACGCUGAGUCUGGUUUAA